CUGAUGAAAGAUUUCAAAUUCAACGCAGAACGAAACUUCCUCGCUGGUGCUCUUCUACUAGCAUCCGAGAUCUAAGAGAUCCUCAUCGACUUCCAGAAUCACGUCCAUGAAACUAUUAUUACUCUAUCUCUCUUGAAAUCACCACUCGACUUCUCCUUUCUCUUCACCACAUCACAACAAGAAGAAGAAGAUAAUAGAAACCCUCCACGUCAUUUCUUAUUAGAGGCUAUGCUCUGAUUUGGUUUCUGCAAGUCUUCUUCUUUCGUUGACCGCAAGGUUGCACCAGAACCAGACACUGUUUGUCUAUCCUUGCUUCAUGUUCUGCUAGCACGAGGGUAUGAGUCAUUGUAACGUCCCGGCUCUUAUAGAACCUCAAGUUGAAAUGGGGUCGGUUGAUGAAGCUGAGAACAAAACCCUAUUCAAACUCGAAGAAGAUGCCAAGCAAACUAAAGAAGCUUCUUUGAUGGAACAAGGAUCACUCUCUCCAACUUUCCCUCAACACACCACUAAAUCACCAAAGAACACCGUCCUUAAAAGCAUCAGGAUCGUUAUUUUAUCUAACAAACUCAACCUGUUACUACCUUUCGGUCCUCUAGCAAUACUGGUCCACUACAUGAUAGAUAGUAAAGGAUGGGUGUUUCUGCUGAGCUUAAUAGGCAUCACACCAUUAGCUGAGCGUCUAGGAUACGCCACAGAGCAACUUGCUUUUUACACUGGCCCUACUGUGGGAGGCCUCCUAAACGCUACAUUUGGGAACGUGACUGAACUGAUCAUAUCCAUCUUCGCUUUGAAAAACGGAAUGAUACGUGUAGUUCAGCUGACUUUGUUAGGAUCGAUUCUUUCCAACAUGUUGCUUGUACUCGGCUGCGCUUUCUUCUGCGGUGGGCUAGUGUUUCACCAGAAAGACCAAGUCUUUGACAAAGGGCUUGCGGUUGUUAAUUCAGGUUUGCUUUUGAUGGCUGUAAUGGGGAUACUCUUCCCUGCUGUUCUUCACUACACGCAUAGUGAGGUUCAUGCCGGAUCAUCGGAGCUGGCCUUGUCGAGGUUUAGCAGUUGUAUAAUGCUUAUAGCUUAUGCUGCUUACCUUUUCUUCCAGUUGAAGAGCCAGUCUAGUUCUUAUAGCCCUCUUGAAGAGGAAACGAAUCAGAACGAGGAAGCUUCUGAUGAAGAUGAAGAUCCUGAGAUCUCAAAGUGGGAAUCUAUCAUAUGGCUCUCAGUAUUGACUGCUUGGGUCUCUCUUCUCUCUGGCUAUCUGGUUGAUGCCAUAGAGGGUGCAUCGGUCUCUUGGAACAUACCAAUAGCGUUUAUAAGUGUCAUAUUGCUUCCUAUUGUUGGGAACGCAGCGGAGCAUGCAGGGGCUAUCAUGUUUGCCAUGAAAGAUAAACUGGAUCUGUCAUUGGGCGUGGCUAUUGGUUCCUCUAUCCAGAUCUCCAUGUUCGCGGUACCGUUCUGUGUGGUGAUUGGUUGGAUGAUGGGUGAACAGAUGGACCUCAACUUCCAGCUUUUUGAGACGGCUAUGUUGUUUAUUACCGUUAUUGUAGUUGCUUUUUUCAUCCAGGAAGGGACAUCGAAUUACUUCAAAGGAUUGAUGCUUAUUCUUUGUUAUUUGAUAGUAGCUGCCAGUUUCUUUGUACACGAAGAUCCUCAACAAGAUGGAGGUAUAUAAACACCGUGGAAAAGACUGGUGUGAAGCAAGUUGGGUCUUAAUUAAAAGCUGAUGAUCUCAGGAACACCAAGUGUUUUUAGGGGAGAAAUGUUAAAGAUGUAAACCUGAUUCUAUUCUAAUGUGGUUCCCACAAACUUGAAACUGUUAGACGUUUUGUUCGAACAAGUGAAGGUUAUUUCCUUUGGCUUUCCCUCCCCGCUCCCAUAAGUAUUCUUAGCGACUUAGAAGGUUACAAGUUUUGUUAAUUUACAGUGAUUUUAUGAAAAAGUUUGAAAACUGUUUCUUGUGCUAUACACUUUAUAAUGGGCAUUCUGGUCAUUUAUGGUGAAAGUUUUGUUUGCUAGAA